AUGGAGCAGGGUGGCAAAGAAGACCAGAAGACUAUGUUCAACAAAUAUGCCUUUGCUUGUGCUAUAGUUGCUUCAAUGGUGUCCAUCAUAUCUGGUUAUGACACCGGUGUUAUGAGUGGAGCCAUGAUAUUCAUUAAGGAUGAUAUUGGAAUCAGUGAUACCCAACAAGAGGUUCUAGCAGGAAUCUUAAACCUAUGCGCAUUGGUGGGAUCCUUAGCUGCUGGAAGAACCUCUGAUUACAUUGGUCGCCGCUACACAAUAUUCUUAGCCUCUGUCCUCUUCAUGGUAGGUGCAAUUCUCAUGGGGUAUGGCCCAAACUAUGCAAUUUUAAUGGUUGGUAGGUGUGUUGGUGGUGUUGGUGUGGGCUUUGCUCUUAUGAUAGCACCUGUUUACUCAGCAGAGAUUUCCUCUGCAUCAUCAAGGGGUCUUCUAACCUCUUUACCUGAGCUCUGCAUUGGCAUUGGGAUCUUACUUGGCUAUGUAUCAAACUACUUCUUGGGGAAAUUGGCAUUGAAACUUGGGUGGAGAUUGAUGCUUGGUAUUGCAGCAUUUCCUUCACUUGCUUUGGCUUUGGGUAUUCUAACAAUGCCAGAGUCACCAAGGUGGUUAGUGAUGCAAGGUCAACUAGGAAAUGCCAAGAAGGUCCUAUUGCAAGUUUCUAAUAGCACCCAAGAGGCUGAACUUCGUUUCAGGGAAAUAAAAGUUGCUGUUGGUUUUGAUGAGAAUUGUGAUGAUGAGAUUGCAAACGUGAAGCACCCUCAAGGGUCACGCAAUGGUGAAGGGGUUUGGAAAGAGUUGCUUGUGAGGCCUACACCUCAAGUUCGUUGGAUGCUGAUUGCUGCAGUUGGGAUUCACUUCUUUGAGCAUGCAACUGGCAUUGAAGCUGUGAUGUUAUAUAGCCCAAGAAUCUUCAAGAAAGCUGGUGUGACAAGUAAGGAUAAGCUCUUACUUGCAACCGUUGGAGUUGGUCUUACAAAGAUCACUUUCUUGAUCAUAGCCUCGUUCUUGCUUGAUAAAGUUGGUAGAAGGCGCCUCUUGCAAAUAAGCACAGGGGGAAUGAUUUGUGGCCUGUCACUUUUGGGUUUCAGCUUGACCAUGGUUGAUCAUUCCAAUGAGAAGCUUUUGUGGGCCUUGAGUCUUAGCAUUGUGGCCACAUAUGCUUAUGUUGCUUUCUUUAAUAUUGGGCUUGGGCCUGUUACUUGGGUCUAUAGCUCAGAGAUAUUCCCUAUGAAGUUGAGGGCACAAGGGGCAAGCAUAGGAGUUGCGGUGAAUAGGACAAUGAAUGCUGCUGUUUCCAUGAGCUUUAUUUCAAUCUAUAAAGCAAUAACUAUAGGUGGGAGCUUUUUCAUGUUUGCUGGUAUAUCGGUGCUGGCUUGGGUGUUCUUCUACAUUUUCCUUCCUGAAACCAAAGGCGUGGCCUUGGAAGAGAUGGAGCUGCUUUUCAGCAAAAAAAUCCAGUGGUAG